UCGCAUAUGGGAGUGUUGUGAAUAUGUCGCAUUUUGUGUGUGAGUGACUUUGUUUGUGUUUUUUUUUAUCAUCCAAAUAUCAUGAAAUAUUUAAUUUUUCAAAGAUUCCACAAUUAUUAAAUAUGUGUGAAAAUUUACGAUAAUGUUUAUCUAAAAGAAUGUGGGAAAAAUUUCUUCGAUUAAUAUGCCAAAGUUUGUAAUUAAAAGAUAUAACCUCAAUUUUAUAAUAUAUCUUAUAAAAUUAUGAAUCUUAUAUGAACAAUUAUUAAUUGUUUGAUUCAAUUGGCAAUUGUUUAUGAAAAACUGCAAUUCUAUGGUUGUGAUAUAAGAAGCAAUAAAGAUGACUGGAUUUUUUACAGUGAUCGUCACCUUUUUCGUUAUUUAUUUCAUAUUUUCCUGGGUAAUUCCGAGACUUUUGGCUUGGCACGUGAAAAGUCGUUACAAAAUUGAUCUUAGAGUUGGCUACAUUCGUUUGCCAUAUUUUAUUUUGCGAGAUGUGAAUAUUACCAAAAAUGGAUUUACCGUGCAAAUUGACGAAAUUAGUAUUCGCUCAAGUUUAUUUAGCAGCGAUGUUGCAAAAUUAUUAGCCGUUGUGAUGAGAGACGUGAGAAUAAAUAAAGACGUUCCCACGAUAUCUCAUUGUCAGAAGAACAAGGAAUACAAUGAUCCUUUAGAUUUUCGACAGAAGAAGAUUCCACCAAUUAUCAUAACAUUUGUUCAGUUCAUGGCUGUGAAUAUAGAGAAUUUGAGUCUUUUAAUUCUCGGCAAUGGUUGGUUGGCGAAUGGAAGUGCGGAAAAUUUGAGUCUUGAUGGGAGUAUUGUUCAUGGAGCUAGAACUCUUUUGGCAUCAGCGACAGUUGCCGGUGGUUCGAUGAAAUUACUGAGGCACGCAUCGGAUGCAUGUCUCGCACAAAUAAGUUUCGCUGGAAGUAUCGAGGCCACUCUCAGAGCACAAGGCGAACUCUCUGUCGAAAAAUUGUACGUUGGAAUCACGCAGACCGAGGGUUCCGGAGGAGCUGGUCUCCUUCGGUUCCUGAGGGACAGAAAAUCAUUGUCACCAAACGCACCGCAUUCUAAUUUACAUGAGCAAUCAACUGGCGAUUUGUUAUCUAGAAUAGCUCCAAUAUUACCAAAGAAUCUCGCAUUGAAAUUGGGAAGUUCGUCGAUAAUCGCUGGACGAGAGGACGGAAUGAUCUCAGGAUUGGAAUGCACAAUUGGUGGUUUACAGGUGAAUUCACGCUUUCAACCUGAUGGACCGCAGCUUCAUCUUGCUCUCAGUUUGGAUGCUCUGUCAUUACGUGGACAACUUCCGAUUUUGUCUCUUCGUCGGCUAUCGAUUGAGGCUAAAUUGGAAGAGGACGUUUUGGCAAUAAUGACGCAAUUAAAUUGCCUUUCGAUGAUUUACGAUCAUAAAGAUUGGGAGCAAAUUUUGUCGAGCAGCGCCAAAGAUAUUCCAACGCCGAAUGUCACGAUUGCCUCAAAUCGAAAAUUGCCUUGGAUCAAAUUGAAAACUGUUACCGAAUUACGUGAAGGUUCAUUGACCAUAAAAUUGCCUGAUGUUCAGGAAGCUUCCUGCAGUCUGGCUUUCGUUAAGUGCUCCGUCAACAGUUUCUUCACUGAAGAGAGAGCUGACGAAUGGAAUGUGGAAUUAAUGAUCGAAUCGCUGUGCUGCGGUUUAAAUGGCGUUGACACGAGUAUUCCAGAAAUGGCCCAUCGCUGGGGAAAUCCUUUCACAGUUGGUGUUUUUGUAGCGACCGCAAGUAAAAAUGGCGUUGGCGUUGUACUCGAUUCACUUCGCACCGAGUGGAGUUUGGAAUUUUCCAAAUUUCUCGAGCAAGGUUUCACAUACUAUAAUCAACAUCAUGGAAAAUCUUUGGGCCAAAAAGAAACAAAUAAGUCACUUCAAUUAAAUUGCAAGAUGUCGAAUUGCAAUCUUUUCUUCAUCGCGGAAAACAAACUGUCGAUAAUGUUGCGCUUGGAUUCGGCAAAUUUGGAGCACAGCGUGAAGCGUUUUGUCGGCGUUGCCGAGGGCGUUUGUGCAAUAACGCUAAAUAAAAAUGAUGCAAUUAAUUGCGAGCACGCGGAACAACAAAGUCAUCAAUUUUUCGCCGUGAGAAAAUGUAAAACCGCAAUUACAACCGAGGCAGUGAAUAUCAGUUUGGACGGAACAAAUAUCGCCUGGAGUCCAAAUUUACAUCUCCGUCUGCGACAAUUGUGGCUCGAGUCGGCCGACUUUCGUUCAAUUGUAUUCAGAAAAUCAAUUGUCACCGUCGAUAAAGAUAAAUCAAAUGUGAAACGUUCAAUUGAUUUAUUGGCAAUGAGUGGAAUAACAUUGGCGAUUGAUAUUUCGCCGCGACAUUAUCUUGAAUUAAAUUCCGAUCACUUGAGAUGGUCGCAGGGUGAGUGGCGAUUGAAUUUUUUGAAAGUGUCGCUCGACAUGGCGGACAUUAUAACAAUUGAGGGAUUUCAAUUGACGCGUUUGGAUGACAGUAAAGAGGUGCGAUUGGAGAGGCAAAAUAAUGAUGGUUUUCAACUCGAUUGGAAUGAAACGUGGUCGUUGGUGAUUGAUUCAUUGAAAGCGAGAUUCCCCUACGAACAUGAAUUCACCGAGGCAAUACAAAACGAAUUGUUCAGCAUUCGAAAAUGGCUCAAGGAACUUCAUCCCAGGGAUAAAAUGAAGGCGGGGAAAACUCUUCCCUCCGACUUGGUUAUCAAGAUUAAAGAAUGGGUGUUCGAGAUGAGUGACGAUCCGUUCGAGGUACGUUUGCGCGACAUUCACGAACUGCUUGAGGACGAGUACAAGGAGAGUCUGAAGCGUCAGGCGAUGCUUGCAGCAAAGGUCGAGGAACUCUGUCGAACUCACUUCCUUCUGCCGGAGGAAAAGGUUGAGAAGCUCUACACCAGUUUAGACAAGAAAAAUGCGGAAAUUUAUGUCCAACGCUGGAAGCAAAUGCAGCGAGCAGGUCCUUCCCGAACAUGCCUCUUUGCUUGGACAAUGAAGGACCUCGAGAUUCUCGCUCUCGCCGAUCCGUCAAUCGACGGUAUCGAACGUGCGACAAAAGCAAUCCAAGAGAUGGAUUUCGAAACCCCCUGGCCUGAGGAUGGUUUAGAGUUUAGUAUCCUCUGGGUUAGGGGAAUUUCCCUCAAGUGUGCCGAGUGGAAGUUGCAGCUUCGGGACUUUCCUCAACCGCUGCUGCUUGUUGAGGAACUUAGUAUUUGGGGAAGACUCGCAGGGGCCGAGGCGUUGGCGCCGCCUCGAGCGCGUCGGACCGUUAGGAUCGAGGUCGGCGCCCCUUGGCCUGAUAUUCAAGUGGAACGGGGCAUGACGUCCUUGAAGUAUUACCACGAUCUGAACUGGGAUAUCGAUAAGUAUAAGUACGCUUUUGGACCAUGUUGGGAGCCGGUGAUUGCGCAGUGUAAUCUUAGUUUUGAGAAGAUACUCCAUCCGUCGCGGGACCCAAGUCCUCCGUUGCCUUUCUGGGACAAGAUGAGGUUGAUGCUUCAUGGGCGGUUGACACUCUGCGUGAAGCAACUGACGGUUUUGCUUCACGCGUCACUGGAUCCUUAUAACACCACUGAGGAGAUGGAACUAACCUGGUCGAGCUUAGAACUCGACUGGACGAACGGUAAGAUUAUUAUUAAAGGGGACCUGGACGUCUACGUGCGAACUGCUAGUAAGUACGACGAUUGUCGUCUGCUGCAUUUACCGAACGUUCGGCUGAGUAUGAAACUCGCUUGGGUUUGUCUUGGAGACCAUCGGGAUCAUCACGCUGCAAUACCUUGUGCUCCAGACCGUUUGCCAGAGUACUCAAGUAAUCAGGAACACGACUCCUUUCGCGCGUUUCGGUCCGAAAAUCUCAACGUCCGACUGUCUUUGGAGACGAAGCCGACCGGUUCUCCUAACAAUACGAGUGCUCCUACGGCCACUUUGUACGGCAGUACGCUCCGGUGGUUCGAGAACUUGAAAUUCAUCCUCUCGGGUGCGACUAGACCUACGAGGAAAGGGGCGUUGUUUAAAAACACAAGGGCUAGGAAGAAGCAACUUAGUCGACAUUACCGUAAGGUGCGGUUGACGUUAGCUUUCCAUCGGUUCCACGUGAGCUACUGGAUGUCCUUCGCGAUGCAACGGGGUUUCGAGGUAUCAGGCGGUAGAGUCGGUUGCAGUUCGGAACACAACCUGUCGCUGCACCCAAUAGACGACGGAUUGAUUCAUCGACCCCGGGCCGAGUGGUCAGUCGUCUACAUGAACUGCGAGCUCAGCGAUGCGGAAAUUUGGCUAAAGUCUGCGCUCCAGGAGGAGGGAAAAAGCGAAUCGAUGAGCCAACCAGUGGAGAAGUGUUACUGCCUCAGUGUCGAGCGGGUGAGUUACGGCAGGGAGGCCAUGGUAGCCGGGGUUAGUGGCGACACUCCAACGCAUCGUUUGGUGGUUCACGACCUCCGAGGCGCUUGGACCGUGACUAACCGCGACGUCGCCUUCGCGCUAUUUGAUUCUUUCAUCAAGACACAGCAACUGAAGAAGAAUCUCUCCACAUUCGGUCUGAAGGGUUUUCACCGGGAGAAGAGCUCGACCCCGAAUAAGAAUCGAACGAAUUCGAAGACGCCGACCCCGGUGACGCCAUCAUCGACGGUGGUCAAACCGCAACAGGGCGAAGCGGCCGAAAUGCUCCAGCGGCUGAUUGCGGAAGCUGGCAAUAAACCGGUGGCGUUCAGCGACGAUUUGUCGGUUCAGACCCGGGGGCAUCAACUGCGAGGACUUGCCGCGUGUCACCAGGAUGAUGUUCUUCACAAAAACUGGCUAAUCGCGCUGGUUAAUAGUCAGGUUCUCCUCAAGGGGAUCGAAACCCGGGGUUACGUUAUUCUCUCAGCGGCGAAGGCGGAGAUUCUGCAGAGGAUCCACCGACCGGUUUGGAAGGACCGGACGCUGGUGUCGAAGACAACUUGGGUUGGGUCCCUGGAGUGUAUGCAGUACUACGCGACGGUCAGUGCGAACACGGACGGAAAUAUCAUUGACAAUAUUAUGUGGCUCACGCUCGACAAUAUUCAGGAGAAGGAUUCGACCGUAAUUUCAGGUUUGCCGGACGUUCCAGCCCUGGUGGGUUCGGGACAGAGCGUUGGCGGUGUAGUGAGUCAGACCGUCGGCGGUGGAGGCGGAUUGCAGCACCAACUGCAGCGGAUCGUCUCCCGCUGUAAGUGCGAAUUCAUCUACGUCGGCUAUGGACAGGCUCUGGACGCGGACCUUUUGGACGAAGUUCCCCCUCCGCCUGGCGAAGAGGUCUCUCUUUGGGAGCGUCGGGAACUCUCCGCCGCCGACGCUUUCACUCUAAUGCACCACGAUCUCGACGUCUGCACCAAUUCCCUCCAGUACGCGAUGAUUCUCGACGUCGUCAACAAUCUUCUCCUAUGCGUCGAACCCCGUCGCAAGGAAGCGCUCGAACGUCUCCAGCGAAUGCGGUUCCAACUCCAACUAUCUGCUGAGGAUCAAAAACGCCCAAUUCAGCAACUACAGAACAUCGUUCGCGGUCUAGUUUCCAAACUUCGACGCUUGGAGAAAGAAACCUACUUGGUUCACAAAGCCCUAGCUGACGAUCACAGCGAAGAACUAAAAACCGAAAUGAAACGUCUGGAGCUGAGGGUUUUUGAGUGCAAGGAACAGUUGAAUUUGCGCGCCGAUGAAUUGGACGUGAUGCUGAGUUGCUACAAGGAGACGACGACGCCAGCAACGGCUACGGCGACGCUCAAGGACAAAUCGGCGGCGGUCACCAGAGCGGCGGAAAUAUGCUUCAAACACGCACAGUGGAGAUUGACGGACGCUGACGGUCUGCUGGGAAUUGCUGACUUGAUACUGACCAACUUUUUGUACACGAAAACUAGCAAGACUGACGAUUCGGUGGAACAUUUACUGGAAUUGGGCUAUGUGCGGAUGACGAACCUUUUGCCGAAUCAAAUUUACACGGAGGUGUUGGUACCGACGGAACUUCAGAGUAAUAUGCCUGUGGAUCGACAGAGGGCGUUGAGGGUCUUUUGCAGGGAGAAGGCGCCGGUCGCUGGGAUUUCCGUUAAGGAGCAUUUCGAAAUUAAUGUGGUUCCUCUCACAAUUGGACUGACGAAAAAAUUUUUCAAUACCAUGCUGAAGUUUUGCUUUCCUGAGCGCGAUCCUGAGGGAAUUGAAGAGCCAACGGCGCCGCAGAGGGACUCCUCCUUCUAUGUUCCAAUGGAAAGAAAGGACGAUGUCGAUAAAAUGAAAGAGAGAGCUGAUAAAAAUAAAUUAUUUAUUUACAUCAAAAUACCGGAAGUGCCCGUUCGUGUUUCUUACAAGGGAAACAAGGAAAAAAAUCUCGAGGACGUGAGAGACUUUGCUUUGGUAAUUCCAACACUGGAGUAUCACAAUGUCACGUGGACGUGGUUAGAUCUUUUGCUGGCAAUGAAGAGUGAUUCGCGCCGUGUUAUUUUGAGUCAAGCGAUAAAACAAAAAUUACAAAUCAAACCGCGAGGACCGCAGGAGGAAUCAACGCCACAGGAGGAGGACAAGGCACGAUUGUUACUUGGUGCACGACAUCUUCCCGGGGAAUCGAAGAAAAAAUCUGGAUUUAAAUUCAAGUAAUUUCGAAAAAUAUAAUGGUGGGUGUAUUUUUUUUUCUUUCUGUAAAAAGAAAACAAAGUUGGUAUUUUUUAGAGAGCAUUUUAUCGAACAGCUGGCUGUUUUUUUGCCUCUGGAAUUUAGUCAACUCGAUCGAAUUUUUAUCUUAUUUAUUGCUUUUUUCUAUUCUCUGUUCGAUCGAGUUUUUCUAAAUCUAGAGAAAAAGUAGAUAAAUAAAUAAAUUAUUUAUUUCUCAUCGAA